AUGCUCCCUACAAAGAGAUCAUCCCCCUUUGUCCGCACCCGAUCCUUCCAAGACCGCAUUGCCAAAGACAGAACCGAUACCGAUGGACCUCCAUUCGCAAAACGGCCAUUCACUCGGACAAUGUCCUCCCCCUUCCAAGUUGUCACCACCUCCUUGAAGGGCACCAAGAACCCGUUUGAGAAACUUGCUGUUGCACCCCCCAAGUCAGCUUCCAACUCGCUUUCUGCCGACUAUGCUGCAUUACAUAUCGACGAAGACCAAACUGACGACCUACAGGAUGAAUCAAUGGAUCCCAACAAGACCCUGCAAAUGUUUUCUUUCUCACAGAACUCCGUUGCUACAACAACCGCUACCAAGGAAAUCUUUUCUGAAUCAGACGAUGAUGACGGGGUGAACGAUACUGAUCAAUUGCAGGAUAAUCAAUCUACGAGUACGACUGACACGCCUCUCAAGCACGAAGUGAACCCGCCCAGCCUAAAAAGACCGCGAUUACAGGAAGCAUUGGAGAUGUCACUGCUGACUGUCUCGAUGCUUACUCCCAUAGCACCGGAAGUAUCAAACGUGAAAAAGAAGUCAGGAUCUGUUUACAAAACAACAGCAGCGUUGCCGGUGGACUGGACCCUAAAGUCGUCGAUAUCUAUUACAUCGCCAGACAGUCUGACCUGGUGCGACCACAUUUUGCCUAUGGAUGAAAUCGACGCCCUGCAGCACUUUAUCUCGAGCCAAAAAGCAUUCUCCAACCCACAAAGUGAGCAAGGACUGGACCACUCUCCUAGGAUACGGGUCUUAUCGGCGACAUACCAUUGGAUCUACCCCACCAACACCCCUUCUGUACACCAAGCCCAAAAUGUCAGCAAACUGCUCAAGAACGCCAUCAACAUGUCAUCGAAUAUCAACUACGAGCAACUUGAAACUCUCGGUGGUAAAGUUGCAGUCCACCACUUUAGCUCAAAACACGAUCUGGACCAUUUGGAGGAUCAGGAUGGAGACGAAACAUUGACUCCUAGCAGCUCGACACCAUUCCAGCUGCCACAAAAGAAGGAUCUCUCCAGCACUCUUUUGUUCCGUGGCCAAGUUGACGUGCAUGGACUGUUCAGUUAUCUACUCAACAUGAAGACCUCGUAUGAAGACGGAUUCUUAUACCAAUCGCCCAGUCUGAUCGCCGGAGUUCCAUUUCUACAUGCUGCACUCAAGCGAGCACAGCCCACAUUGAGAUCUGCCCUAACAAACAUCUCUUCUUUAUUUAUGGCGAUGAUGAACCUUCAGGUAUCCAAAUGCAAGGUGGUCAGCAGAUCGGUGCAAGGGACAGGCAAGAUGCAAAAGGAGUACAGGAUCGAGAUUCACGGAACAAUUCUUCCCAACUCUGUCAAGGAUCUCUACCAGACCCUUGCGACUCAACAGCAACCUCUGGGGUAUUCUUGUAUUUCAACCAGCGAUGCACGGUCUCAUGGACUCAACCUGCGGCCUCUUCUCUCAGAAACAGCAGACACCGAUACAGAAGUGAGUGCUCGCCAUGCAGAAGCCCUUGCCAGUGCUAAAUCUCUGGACCAGUUCCGAUAUGACCACACGCUGCAGCAAUAUGUGUGGUUGUCAUAG